AUGGCUCCUGUCUACACCAACUCCAACGGGCAACCGAUUGCCAACGACGUGUUCGCCUCGCAACGCGGUUCCGGUGCGUUCGGGGUGUUUGAAGUUACUGAUGACAUCACCGACAUCUGCGGCGCCGCGUUCUUGGACACUAUUGGUAAGAAGACGAGAAUCUUCACCAGAUUCUCCACUGUGGGUGGUGAACUGGGGUCGGCCGACUCCGCCAGAGACCCCCGUGGUUUCGCCACCAAGUUCUACACCGAAGAAGGCAACUUGGACUUGGUGUACAACAACACCCCGAUUUUCUUCAUCAGAGACCCCACCAAGUUCCCCCACUUCAUCCACACCCAGAAGCGUAACCCUGAGACCCACUUGAAGGACGCCAACAUGUUCUGGGACUACUUGACCUCGAACCAGGAAUCCACCCACCAGGUGAUGAUUUUGUUCUCGGACAGAGGUACCCCCGCGUCGUACAGAAACAUGCACGGGUUCUCGGGCCACACCUACAAGUGGUCGAACAAGAAGGGCGAAUGGCACUACGUGCAGGUCCACUUCCUCACCGACCAAGGCAUCAAGAACUUGAACAACGAGCAAGCUGGGGAACUCGCCGGUUCGAACCCCGACUUUGCUCAGGAAGACUUGUUUAAGGCCAUCGCCAAGGGCGACUACCCCUCGUGGACCGCCUACAUCCAGACGAUGACUCCCGAACAAGCGAAGAAGGUCGACUUCUCGGUGUUUGACUUGACCAAGACCUGGCCCCACAAGGACUUCCCCCUCAGACGUUUCGGCAAGUUUACCCUUAACGAAAACCCCAAGAACUACUUUGCCGAAGUCGAACAGGCGGCGUUCUCGCCCUCGCACACCGUCCCCUACAUGGAACCCUCGGCCGACCCCGUGUUGCAGCUGAGAUUGUUCUCGUACCCGGACACCCACCGCCACAGAUUGGGCGUCAACUACACCCAGAUCCCCGUCAACCGGCCCACCGCCCCCGUGUACGACCCCCACAUCAGAGACGGUGCCAUGAACGUCAACGGCAACUUGGGCUCGGCCAAGAACUACUUGGCCACUGACGUCCCCGUCCAGGUCAAGCAAUACUCGUUGCAAGAAGACCAGGAAGUGUGGGAAGGCGCCGCCACCCCCUUCCACUGGAAGUGCACCGACGCCGACUUCAAGCAACCGCAAAAGUUGUACGAAGUGUACAAGAAGACCGGCCAAGAAAAGGCGUUGGCCCACAACAUUGGUGUCCACGCCGCUGGCGCCGACAAGGCCAUCCAGGACAGAGUCGUCGAGAUGUUCGCCAAGGUGUCUUCGGAAUUGGCCGAAAACAUCAAGAAGGAGAUUGCCGCUGCCUCCAAGUAA